UUGAAGUUUCUUCGAAAGUUUGAUGAUUAAUGGCAGAAACACCGUCAUCAUCGGCAUCGACAUUUAGUCCGACAGUUAAUGAUAGAUCGAUGAUUGCGUACGAUGCGAAGCCAAUCCUUUGUUUGCCUAGUACAAUACAACCGACACCGUUGCCAGUUGUAAAACUGGAACUCAAUACUAAUUUGAAUGUGCCACCACUCAAUGCAUGGUCUUCCGAUACAUACGAUGAUUCCUGGACAGAAAUGGCGAACAGUUCAGAAACAAGCCAUGGAACAGCGACUAGCACUGCCGCAUCGGGGAAUUUUUCGGGAAGUGGGGGUAGAAGCGGUAUUGGACAGUGGCGUUUCAGUACUCGAAUUAGAGAUUGUUUCGAGAGUCUUCGUCUUGCUGAUUGCUAUAUCGAUGCUAUAGUUGGUGGUAUUGAUGUCGUUGCUGAAGCUGAAACGUUGAAAAAACUAAUUGCUACACCCUUCUCCAAACAACCACUAAAUUUAAUAGUUCACAAAAUUGGAAAAACGCUACUGCUGGAUAAUUGUGCCUAUCUGAAAAAUUAUACCUAUAUGAAUUCAACUGUUGGUAUUUCUCCUGUGGCAGAAUUUCUCAAUUCUAAGUCUCAAUGUCUUGUUGGUAUUGCUGGUGCCAAAACAGGAACAGGAAGUACAACUGGUGAUAUCAUUGCCGAUAUGCAUCGAAAAAUGAUAACUGAAAGUUUGUACACUAGAAGUUUGGCACCGCUGGAUUAUAUGGCAUCUACUGCAGAACCAGAUAUUCCUGUACAGACCAACAAAAAUAAUGGAAGUGAAUCGUCAAAAAUGGUUAACGAAAAUGGUGGUUUACUCGAUCCAUUGGAAGACUAUUUAUACACAAAAAUAAGAGUGGAUGAUGGCGAAGUCGAACUGGAUGCUUACGGUCGAUUGUGGAAUUUUUAUGAUCUCAAUAUGCUCGUUGAUGUUAAUUUACCCAUAUUUGGUUGCAAAUCCAACCCAUGUGUUACUCUACAUCCCAAAGAUCUCAAACAACGCCCUAUCAACUUUUUAACUGGUGUGGAUUUGUAUUUAGAUCAAUCAAUGUGUAAUGCACCUGAAGCAUUACUUUGUUGGCAUUUAGGUGGCUAUGAGUAUGAAUUGAUUCGAACAGAAGAUAUUCCACAUUUGGAAAAUUCAAAGUUUGAUCCGCUUGUUUUGAGGAAUGUUGCUGAAAAUAUUGUUGCAUUCCUGCAGGACAAAGUUGCGCAGGAGGGGCACACAUAUUGGUUGUGUCAUGACAAAGGAGACAAUGAUCGUGAACCAAUGUUACGAUUGUGGGAUCUGACGCCGCUCUGUGGUGAUCUGUUGGAAGAUUCUACAGCUAAUCCGUUUACGCUUAGUGUCGGAAUACUUAUCUAUAAAGUAGCUCGUAAUCUUAUGCGUCGUUCAGCGCAUAGACGCCCAAAACGUAUUGCUAAUGCAGCAUUUCGUCUGUUGAAUGUAUGCUUAGGUAUUAUUGAUCGUAAAAAACAUCCGCAGAUAGUAGCAUGUGUAUACUAUUUACUGGCCAACUUAUAUCUUUCAUAUGGUUGUGACGCAGUAAAACGUACUGCUGGUCAAGAAGAGGAGAUGGAACGUGCCGAACCUCAGUGGACCUACGAUGAUAGGUGGCAGCGCGAAUACGGUGAAGAAUAUGCCAAUUAUGCGGCUAUUUCGAUUGAGUCAUUGAUGAAGACACGUUACACAGCUAGUAAAGGUGAGAAGCCACCAAAGUUGCGCACGCUACCGAACUGCGCAACCAAGGAAGACUGCUGUAAGGAAGCCCUAGAACAUUGCUUGGAGGGUUUACGAUAUAUGGAUUUAUUUGAUCAAAUGGAACAAGAGGCUCAGCGGUUGGGAAAACCUUUGCCUGAUCCGAUGUCUUUCAUUCGAGACAUGGGUGCGAACAUUGAUCAUGGGAGAGAAGAAGCAGACGCAAUGCUUAAAGUAGAUAUCCGCUCCAUAUUGUUCAUUCGCGCUGGGAGUGCUUAUCGGAUGUUGGCUGAUAGUUCGUUUCUUUUGUCAAGAUAUGGCCGAACAUUGAGAUUUGCACGUGUUGGGCUGUACUGCUGUCUUGCGGUGUUGGCGUUGAAUGCGGGUCUAAUCUCCGGUCAUGCUCAACGAAAUCUAGCCACAGCACGAGCUUUACUUCCUGCAAUGAUGUGUCAUAUUGCGGAAGCUCUUGGAAGCAUCGCAUGUAGUUCACUGCCAGUUAAAGAUCAGGCUAAGGCCGAUCUGAAACGUUGCUAUCGUGACAAACAAAUCAAAGCACAGGCAUUAGAUUGCCUUAAUAAUAAUCAUGGUUUAUACUCGGCAUUUUCUCCUGGUGCUACUGCUGCAACAACUCAACUGUCUUCAUCACUUGAUGAGUUUGGUGACAAUGAUUCAGAAGUACAAGAAGCGAGAGAUAUAACACAGUUCAAAGAAGUUGGAUACCAUGACUCUACUGAAAGGGACAUUCAGAUUAAAACCAACUCUUUUACCGUUCCCACAGCUGCUGCCAAUUUAAAUCCUGCUAUUUAUGCUGGAACCUGUGAAGCAUCUCUUGCAAAAGUCUACAAAAGCGAUAAAAUUCGACCAUACAGUUGGGCAUUCCCGAAAACUUUCCACAUGCCAUUUGUCGAUCUAUUGGCUAUUUCGAAACGUGCUGCCACUGUAGCUAUUGCAACGGGUAAAAAAAUUGCUCCAAUGUCUCUAUUCCCACCAACAGCGAAUGCCAUUCUUUAUCCGGAUCAGUUAGCUCGUCGUUUGGGUAAUUUGAAGAAUGUUUUGGCUGUGCAUCAUAUAGAACGUCUUAAAGACUUCGUACAACGUGCGGCACAGAAAGGAACAAAAUUGUUUACUGAUAAAGAAACAAUGCGACAGUAUAUAGCAAUGGAUGUUGAUGCACUAGAUACUGCAAAUGAUACUUCAUGUAGAGCAAUAAGUAUUAUGGAACCAGAAGAAAUGGUUGAGAAGACGGUGAAAGCUGGUAAAGAGUUGCUUCUGCAGGGUAUUUCGCUAUUUGCUUUGGUUGGUGAUCGCGUCAACGAGGCAUUUUUACUGUCAAAUAUUGGCCAGCUGUACCGUUUGCAAUUACACUGCCAAAUGUAUUUUACUGAUUUCAAUUUACCAUAUGAUCCGGAGAAAGAGAAGAACUAUGUUUUACAGGCAAUCGAGCACUAUCAGCGAGCGCUGACUACUAUUGCUGAUUUUCGAGGCACUCAGUUCCCAUUAUUUGAAAGUAUUAGUAAGGAUUUGGCUGGUAUUUACCUCACCUAUGCAGUGAGGCUUCAAGACAAUGUACAACCCGGAAUGAUAGAAAGCCAUCCUGAAAAGAUGACUGUUGAAAUACAUGAAUUUUUGGCUCGUGCUCAAUCAGCUUACACCUUGAUUCGUGAUUCUAUGAGAUGCUCUCCAAAGAUGCAUUCUGUAGCGGAUCGGUGUAUCAUUGAAAUAAUGUUUCGGUUCGGUAAAUUAUUUCAGCAUGCAGCGCAGCAGCACGGCACUAUUGGCUUAUCUCGUAAGAGAAAAGAUUAUGAACGACAAGCGAUCGAGCAUUAUACGGCAUGUUUCAACUAUGUGGUAGAGAAGAUUACUAGAGCUACAAGAACUACAAGGACAAAAUCACCCAAAAAGCAAGAAAAAGUAUGUCUCCGAGAAUGUAUAGUAGCCUUGAGAGCUGCUCUCGAGAGUACAAAAUGUUCAGAUAUCAAUGCACCUGCUAGUACUGUCGAUGCACGCAUCAAACGUUCACGUCGAUCAUUAGCUGCAUUGUUCUUAGCAACUCAGCCAUUAAUGCAGCAUCUGCAAACGUCACUUUCUGCUUCAGAGGAAGAGAGGAAAGAAUUUUUUGAAGAUGAUUCUUUAAUGGAUCUUAACAAUUAUCGCGAAACAUUAUAUCUCUUUGUCCAGUAUGUCCGAAAUGUCGUCAAAGAUGCUUUGCAGUGUUUGGUAGGACGCUGUAAUUCAAAAGUGCUGAAUCUUUGGAAGAAUAUUUAUCGGUUGCUACUGCAAAUUGAGAUUGCAGGCGAAGGUUGUAGCUUGCCACAGUGUCUGCUACAACUGAUUGAUUGUGCAAAGCAUAUAAAUAGUUACUUCGAGAACUCCGAAUUAUGAUGCAUUUUUUCUCAGUUUCAUUAACAUUGCGUAGUUUUGCUUGUACAUAAUUAUGCCAAAGAUAAAAGUGCAGAAGUGCAUCAUUGAGUGCAGUCUUUCUGCAAAGAAAAGAAAGGUAAGGUUUUUUACUGUCGCUGUCACCAUGACAACACUUUCUCCAUUCCUACCAAAGCAUUAAAUACUAUGAAAUGGUUAUGCGACAGUUAGUUGAUGCUUCGAGACUUCAUCGUAAUAGUGACUUUUUAUCGUUUCGUUAAUUUGCUUACCUUUUGGGGCUGUAAUAUGCCCUUAUAGGAAUCUCGAGAGUGUUUUAUGCAUCCUAAUUGUUUUACCUGCUAUUCAAAUUUGCCAUUGUUAAUUUUUCGUUCUUUCCUACAUUUUUUAAAGGUUGUUCAAGUGCAACAGAUGAGGCUUUCGUAGUAUUCAGUUACAGCUUUAUUCAUAUCAUAAUUCCCUUACAUAACCUGAUACCGAUAUCUCAGUUUUUCUCUCUUUCCUUGACCAUGGAAUCUUUUCACAU